AUGGCGUCUCCCAGACCGAAAUCACCGCGUACUCCUCUAUCAGUCAAAAAAGAGGACAAAGAGGAGAGUUUCUGGGAUAAAAUUGGAACUCUGGGACGGAAGAAGAGGAUAAAGGAAGUGCAAGAGGUCCAAGAGGAGGGAAAAUAUGCCAUCGAUUCGCCCGGAUUAGCCGCCAAUCCGGACAGCCUUCCGGAGGAUUACGCCCUCGAUGAGAAUGAGGAGCGAUCGAUGAUUGAGCCGAGAUCCCUCGAAGAUCCCAAAGUGCAGGAGCUUAUUUUCGUGCUCAUUGAGUGGAUAAACGAUGAACUUGCUAAUCACAGGAUUAUCGUUAAGGAUAUUGUGGAGGACUUGUAUGAUGGACAAGUGCUCCAGAAACUUAUAGAAAAAUUGACAGGUGAAAAAUUGGACGUUCCGGAGGUAACACAAUCAGAAGAAGGGCAGAAGCAAAAACUCGAGGUUGUGCUUUCCGCGGCGAAUCGCGUCCUGGGUCGCUAUCCCCCCUACAAAUGGAGCGUGGAAUCCGUACAUUCCAAGGACAUUGUCCCCAUUCUCCACCUUCUCGUGGGUCUUGCACGUCAGUACCGCGCACCGGUGCGUCUCCCAGAACGGGUGGCCGUUCAGGUCGUCGUUGUACGCAAGAAGGACGGCCAACUAAUCCAUCGCACCGUGCGAGAGGAAAUCACAUCAACAUACGAUGAUCUCGGAAUGCGUUGCGAGAGGGACGCAUUCGAUACGCUCUUCGACUCGGAGCACGACAAAUUGGCCAUUGUCAAGAAAUCACUGGUGACAUUUGUGAACAAACAUCUGAGCAAAGUCCACCUGGAAGUCACGGACCUGGACACGCAGUUCCAUGACGGUGUUUUCCUCACUCUGCUGCUGGGACUGCUGGAGGGCUUCUUCGUGCCGCUCGGCAGCUUCCACUUGACCCCACAGUCGCCUGAUCAGAAGGUCCACAACGUGUCGUUUGCCUUCGAUUUGAUGCAGGACGUGGGCCUGCCGAAGCCCAAGGCACGACCCGAAGACAUCGUCAAUUUAGAUCUCAAGUCCACUCUUCGGGUGCUUUACAAUCUUUUCACCAAAUACAAAGGGGUCAAUUGAAUUAUUUUGAGAUUAUGGAAGAAUGCAAUGAUCUAUGUGCCUUCGAAAUUGCGGAGAUGCGUUUUAACCAGUAGAGACUGCCAGCUAUACAUAAAUGUAUUUAAUAUUUUUUUAAUAUUGAUGAAUUAAUUGUAUUUAGGGUACUAAUGAAGUUUUAAUCGAGUACGGAUUGUACAGAUGUAUGUUAACUGGAGAAGAGAUUAAAUUUAUUCAAUUGUCGAAUUUAUGGAUUUAUUUAUUGCGAUUUCUGAAUGAGAAUGCAAUUUUCUGAAUUUACUUCUUGGAUUGCUGGAGGGUUUCUCGAGGUCCAUAAUGUGUCGUUUGACUUUGAUUCAAUGCAGGACGUGGGCCUGCCGAAGCCCAAGGCACGACCCGAAGACAUCGUCAAUCUAGAUCUCAAGUCCACUCUUCGGGUGCUUUACAAUCUUUUCACCAAAUACAAAGGGGUCAAUUGAAUUAUUUUGAGAUUAUGGAAGAAUGCAAUGAUCUAUGUGCCUUCGAAAUUGCGGAGAUGCGUUUUAACCAGUAGAGACUGCCAGCUAUACAUAAAUGUAUUUAAUAUUUUUUUAAUAUUGAUGAAUUAAUUGUAUUUAGGGUACUAAUGAAGUUUUAAUCGAGUACGGAUUGUACAGAUGUAUGUUAACUGGAGGAGAGAUUAAAUGUAUUUAAUUAUGAA